CAGAGAUUGGUGUCACCCACGCACCAAAAAUCUGCCUUCUACAACGACGUAACCACUCUAAGAGCAAACAAACAUAGAUUCUCAUGGCCGACAAGUCUGUUUCUAUCUGGCGCUCACACUUUGAACAAUUCUGGGUCUCUUAUCAACCCUUUCUGUUAUCUCGUGGAUACAGACUGCGUCCACGGUACGAUCCGAAUUGGGAUCACUCCUGGCUCGAAGGGAAACUCUUCAGUCUCUCUGAGCACUCGAUACCAUCGGUCGCGCCAGCUGCACUGGAUGCUAUACGAUUAUCAGACAACAAGAAGGUGGUCCUGAAACGCAUUGAGACGGGAGAUCCAGAAAUUGGUAUCGCAAAGUACCUCGAUUCCCUUCGGCAAGAUCCCAGAAAUCGGACGAUUCCGCUACUGGACUCGUUCGCACUCCCGGACAGCGAAUGGACAAUCAUCGUGAUGCCUUACUGCCGCAGAUUUACAUUCCCCCCGUUCCAUUGCCCGAACGAGUUCGUUGAGGCGAUGUCGCAAUUUCUCGAGGGGCUUCAAUUCAUGCACAAUCACAAUAUCGCACACUUUGAUAUUGCCCCGCAGAACAUGCUCAUGGACGAAUCGGAGGUGGUCCCUCGUGGCUCGCAUUUCGCUUUCCCCGAUACUCACGAGGGAGACCUCACGUUCUUCUACUGGAGGAAUCGAUGUUCCACUGGACCUACGCGAUACUAUUAUAUCGACUUCGGGCUUUCCUUACACUUCCCGCAAGGGAAACAAUCAGCACUCCACACUGGGACCUUGCGCACGUUUCCUACAAUUCCGGAGCUAUCCUUGGACGUCCCAUACAAUCCCUUUUACGUCGACGUCUACCAACUAGGAUUAACGAUGCAGAGAAUCAUCGAUGAAUACUACGGCUUGGAAGCAUUUGUGCCAGUCGCGGCACAAAUGAUGGCAGAUGAUCCCCACGCCCGACCAGAACCUGAAAAAUCAUUGGAACAGCUGCAUAUGAUCGCUAGCAAGAUGUCGCCUGCUAAAUUGCGUGGACAAAUUUGGGAAAAGAAUGCGGGCUAUUGGAAGAAGCUUUCUUGGUGGAUAUGGGGCGGUUAUCCGUGGGAGCUCGGCCGUCCGUGUUGAACUAGUGCAUCAAUUCAAUGUAUUUUCGUUCGAUUGGGGUGUACACGCAUGUGUUAUGUAUGCUAUUUUAUCGCCAUUUGCG